UGACUUCAAUAACGGAUCGGCAGCAAGUCUAUACACUCUGCAACAAGAGGAAUUGUGAAAGAUCACAGCAUCUCGCAUUUAGGCCGACAGAGAAAAACAGACUUGAUGUCUUAUGGUAGACUGCUAAGGAUAUAAAAGGAAAUUUUUGUGUGUGCUUUUUCUCUCUCCUUUUGGGAGCAGUGAUGGAAGAACUUACCGCAUUUGUGUCCAAAUCUUUUGAUCAGAAAGUGAAGGAAAAGAAGGAGACGAUCACUUACCGAGAGGUACUGGAGGCUGGUUCGGCAAGAAAUAGGGAGAGCCUGUCGGGAGAACCGGUUCGCGAGGAAGUUAACGGUAUCACACGGGGCUCGCGCUCGUCGCCGGUCAGCGAAGCGGACCUGAUAGUGUCAGAAAAAAGCAGAGAAACAAUGAGUCCCAAACUUACAGAGGGUUGUACAGAGAUGAAGGAACGCAAAGAGGAUUGUAAGCCUCUGGAGGAUGAGACACAGACUAAAAUCAAACAGAGAAGGAGUCGGACUAACUUUACCCUGGAGCAGCUGAACGAGCUGGAGAGACUGUUCGACGAGACUCACUAUCCGGACGCCUUUAUGAGAGAGGAGCUAAGCCAAAGGCUUGGGCUGUCGGAGGCCAGAGUACAGGUUUGGUUUCAGAACCGACGGGCUAAGUGCAGAAAGCAGGAAAAUCAAUUACAUAAAGGUGUUCUCAUCGGAGCUGCGAGUCAGUUUGAAGCGUGUCGGGUCGCUCCAUAUGUCAACGUGGGAGCUUUACGCAUGCCAUUCCAACAGGAUAGUCAUUGCAACGUGCCGCCCUUCUCCUUUCAGGUGCAGGCGCAGCUGCAGCUUGACAGCGCCGUGGCCCACGCGCACCAUCACCUGCACUCGCACCUGGCGGCCCACGCACCGUAUAUGAUGUUUCCGGCCCCGCCGUUCGGGUUGCCCCUGGCGACGCUUGCAGCGGAAUCAGCCUCCGCGGCAUCGGUGGUAGCGGCAGCUGCCGCCGCGAAAACCACUAACAAAAACUCUAGCAUCGCGGACCUGAGACUGAAGGCAAAGAAACACGCCGCGGCGUUGGGACUGUGAUGCCACAACGUUUCGGCGGACAGCGGUUGCUUAUCAGAAAUAAACAACAGAAAAAGACAUUAUUUAUGUUUCUUAUGAAGGACGUAAUUAAAGACGAGUUAUUUAUGAAACCGUUCUGUGGAAAAGCACUUCGUGGAUCGAGGGACGUGAACUACUACAACAAAAGUUGAACUUAAAGUGAACUUUUGCAGAAGACUGCGGAUGGGAAAAUUAGGGACGAGUUGAAUACUGAAUAUUUAAGGCAGCUGGGACGCUUGUUCAACUGUUGGUGUGACAAAGCGAACAUUUCUGCUUUAAGACAUUAAUCAUGAAAAUUAAGAGGCUGGCCUCGUUUUAUUUGCGACAGAGUUUCUCUGUGGAUAUUUGUGAACUAUUACAUAAAACUACUGCAUUGGUGUUAUUAAUUGAGGAUUCUUACUUUUGUUAACCAACAUAAAAGCUACAGUGCUUCACAUACGUUUCUGUCCUCACGGAUAACGCACGAGUCAAUGGGAACUGAUCACUGAAUGUAUGGUGAACAGAAGUAGGCCUACGUCUAAUUUAUUAUUCAAAAAGUGUCCGAUACAGCGAAUUCCAAUGGUGCCCAAUUGACAUGAACGCAAAGCCUGGGUGUAUGAAUCAAAUUUAGGCAAUAACUUGAUACUGAUAUGGUACGGACACAUGUAAAAUAUGUUAAUGGAAACAAAAUGACUUUAUUUAUUUUGUGCUUCAUCAAGACAUUGUGGGAACACUCUUUCUUUUCAUUCUUUAUCAUCUCUUUCUCAGUGUGUAAAACCAUGUGAAUCUCUUAAGUGUAGUGUUUGUUUUAUAAGGAAUAUAGUAUAAACGUCAAAUGCGGGGACGACUCUCUAAGAGAAAUCGGUGGAAGCCAUUUUUUUAUGAAAUCUUAUGAUUUUAUCAUGACUAUGAAACAUGAGAUCACUUGAACACGGUGUUUUGAUUUAUAAAAUAAAUGAAAAUGUUUUUGUAA